UUUUUUACAAGUUAUUUGAUUAGUGUAAUUAUUAAAAUAAUUAUUCACUGGUCUUUGUGGAAGUGCCAUUUGUUGGAAGUUGUUCGUAUGACCCACGCGGUCCCGGUUAGUUUCGUGCAUCCAACAUGGCCGGCCGAGGUGGUUAUGAUGAUUAUAGAGGUAGAAAACCUUUACCUACGGAGCCUCCUUUUACUGCGUAUGUCGGAAAUCUUCCAAAUGGAGUCGUUCAAGGAGAUGUUGAUAAAAUUUUCCGGAAUCAAAAUGUAAAAAAUAUUCGAUUAGUGAAAGAUCGUGAAACUGAUAGGUUUAAAGGCUUUUGCUAUGUUGAAUUUGAAAAUUUAUCUGAUCUACAACAGGCUAUAGAUCUUAAUGGAAUGGUUGUUAUUGAUAGUAAUACGAUAAAAAUAGAUGUUGCUGAUGGAAAGCGAAAUGAUCGAGGUGGUGGUUUUGACAGAAGAGGUCGAGGGAAUAGUUCCAUUCAAAGUGGAGGUGGCGGAGGAUUUGGUAGAAGAGAUGGUGGCAGAGGUUAUGGAGAUGAUUACAAUAACACACCGUCUUAUUCAAGAGGUGGAUACAAUUCAAAUCGUAUGACAGGUAGUGGGCCUGGUGGAAGACCUGGAGGUGGAUUCAGCAAUGAACCAAGAGGGAAUCGUGGAAAUUAUGGCCACUUUAAUGAAGACGGUGGAAGUCGAGAAUGGUCUCGAGGAGGUGCCGUUGGACCUGGAGGUGGCGGUGGUCGACCAGGAGGCAGUAGUUCGUUUAGUGGACGACCAUCACGUGGUGGAGAGAGAAAAUCCUAUCAAGAUGAUGCCUACAUGAAAGAACCAGCCCCAGACACAAGUGGAAGAAAGCGUCUAGUUCUUAAACCACGAACAGUGGCACUUCCACUGAAUACAAUUGCAGAAUCGAGUAAAUCAAGUUCGAUAUACGGUGGAGCUAAGCCAAGAGAGGAGAAACUCGAUUCAGAGGAUGGAGAUAAGUAAAAAAAACAAAAGUCUUCAAUAAUCACUAUAUUGUCAUCAGAUCCCAUUUUCAAAAAGGGAAACUGAUAAAAUAAAUCACCUUAAAUGAGAAAAAAAAUCGUCAAAUAAGUAACGUUAAGGCUCUUUCGACUUCCUGUAGAUCGUUGAAAAAAAAACUCUCCAAAGAUAUAAGAAUAGUUUCCCCAAAAGAAAGAUUUUUGUCAAAUCUAUGGAGGGAUUUUUUUUUCUCGAGACUAAUGUAAACAUAAUGAGAAAAAAAAUAGGCCUAUGUGGUACAUAAUAAGAAUUUCAGAAACUUAGCGUCAUUUACAAUUUUCAUCACACACACUCACAAUGUCAUGAAGAAAAAAAAUUUUUUUGCAAGAAUACAGAAAUGUACUCGCGAGACAUGUAUUUAACGUGUCUCUAUUUCAAAUAUCGACGCUAUACAUGUGAAACAUGAUUGAAAUGCUAUUAAUUAACAAGUACAUUUUGAUAUUCAUGUAGUAAAAGUAAAGUUUGUGUCUGUUUGUAAUAACUUCAAGGGUACAUGUACAAAUUAUGAAAACAUGUGUAAACUAGCAUUACACGGUGCGCAUGAUACAAGUCCCCCCCCCUCCCCUUUUAAAAAGCAUUUUACAAUUUAUUUGCAAUUUAAUAAGGAAAAAAAAAAAGAAUCUUACACACACAUACACACAAAUAAUUAAGAAAAGUACAUGACCGUGAUGCUCAUAUAAGAGAGUACAAAAAGAAAAAUCGAAAUAAUCCCUGUAAUCUUUACACCAUUUUUUUUUCUUUUUUAAUGUUUGUUUUCGUAUUUCUAAUUUACUGUAAAAAAUGUUUAUUAACUGGUUACGCUUAAACAAUUAUUGCUGGCCGAAUAAAUGCUCCGAAACAAUAAUUGUUUAGAGCAACAAUUGAAAUGGUUAUUAUAAAAUCUCACAGAAAGUGAGAAAUAAAGACGAUAAACGUCGAAUGAACGUAAAUUUGUUGGCAAAGCCUUUUUUAACCGUGUAUUAAAUUUUUUUUUUUUCAUUCGAGAAAUUGGACAAUGUUUACGAAAUUGACGUAAAGAUUAUGCUAAAAUAAUAAAUUAAAAUUCAUGGAAUUAAUCACGUUAUGUAAAACUACGCUUGUAUAUGGUACUAUUUCGUAAAUAAAGUAGUAUUACCGUGUAA